CGAAAGACAAGGGGAAGAUCCUAGUAUUACGCAACGAGAAGCACAGAGUCGCACAUAUUCCUGCAUAUACACACACUAGUAGUAACGUUUUUGCUUUCUUUCUCGCGAACACAUGCAAACACAAAAAGCUUCAACGUUGAUUUGUUCAGUCUUCUACUGCUCCUGGCCAUUUCUGCCUCCCAGCGUCACCCUCUCAAAGUCUCCUCCCUCAGCAGGUGUUACCUCAUGCAUAUCCUAAUUGGAAUCUGGACCUUCUCCUCCUCCCAGUCUAGUAAAAUGUGCAGGCCAUAAAGCACUCGCAAUCCUAGAACAGUUGCAUUUCUAAUUCGUGUUGGAAAGAAAUACAUAUAUUUCUGCUUGCUCUGUUCUUAUCUUUUGCUUUGAACCAAAAAGGUUAGAGCUUUUGUGUUCUUCCCCCCACAAAUAUCCCCUGGUGCCUUUUGUUUGGCCGUGGUGUGGAAAAAGUAUAUGGCAUAUGGAUGGGGGGCAUCAAUUGGCAUACUGCUGCUGCUGGCUGCUGCCCCCAGCUAGCCCUUUCCAUCCCUGCAGCUGCAAGAGGCCUUCUUUAUAGAUCUGUGCCCUUGCUGUUCAUGGAACCCUGUGAUUGGGGUCUCUAGGGUUUCCUCAUUUGGGCUCACUCCCGGUGUAAACAAAGUAUAUGCUCCAAGGAAGCUGCAUCUUUUAGCUGCGUCUCUGAUUCUUGAGUGAUCUCCAAGGUAAGCUCCCCCUGUUCCCCUCACUUACUUGUAGUCGCCGUUCUUGGUUGGAGCGAGAAAUUCAGGCUGUUUUGGAGCAGAAAUGGAUUGUGAACACGCAACCCUUUCAAAAUUAGUAUCAGUAGUAUGCUCUGCUGCAAUUGAUGCUGGUGGUUGGAAGAACACCAACCAUGCUGUGUAGAUUGUAAAGGACGGUCCUUUUCGGUGCAGAAGGAGAGGGAGGGAGGGAGGGAGGGAGAGGGAGGAGUUGGAGAUGGGGGAGUGCGGCGAGUACAGGUGCUGGGAGGAGCUGCUGCCGGACGCGCUGGGGCUCAUCUUCCGCAACCUGCCGCUCCGGGAGGUGCUCACGGUGGUGCCCCGGGUGUGCAAGUCGUGGAGCCGGGUGGUCGCCGGGCCGUACUGCUGGCAGGAGAUCGACAUCGAGGAGUGGCGGCAGCAGCAGGGAAAGCCGGAGCAGCUCGUCCGCAUGGUGGAGAUGCUGGUCGCCCGCAGCUGCGGCUCCUGCCGCCGCAUCAGCGUCUCCGGCCUCCCCGGCGACCCGCUCUUCUCCUUCAUCGGAGACCAUGCACGGGCACUCAAGACCUUGGAGAUUCCUCGGAGUGAGAUCAGCGACGCGGCGGUGGAGAGCGUCGCGCCGAGGCUACCCAACGUCACGUUCCUGGACAUCAGCAGCUGCACCAAGAUCGGGGCGCGCGCCCUAGAGGCGUUCGGCAAGAACUGCAAGUCCCUGGUGGGGCUCCGGCGGGUGAUGCACCCGACGGACGUCGCCGGCAAGGCGUGCCAGCACGACGAGGCACGCGCCAUCGCCUGCACCAUGCCGAGGCUCCGGCACCUCGAGAUGGGGUACAUGGUCAUCGCGACGGAGGCGGUGCUGGACAUCCUCGCGCGGUGCCGCGACCUCCGGUUCCUCGACCUCCGCGGCUGCUGGGCCGUCGACGACAAGUUCCUGCAGGAGAGGCACCCCGGCCUGAGAGUGCUCGGCCCCGGCGUCGACGACUGCUUCGAGAACAGCUAUCUGGAGGAGUGUUCCGACUACUCCGACGACUCCUCCGUCUACUCGUGGGAGCUCAUGGACGACGACGACGACGACGACUACUACGCCGUCGGGAGCGACGACGAGGCCAUAUGGGACGACGGCCAGGGCCUCGAGAACCUGGAGGUGAGGUUCUACGGUGGCGGCUUCAGUGAGAGCUACGCUGGCUUCGAUUGGCCGCCAUCACCGUGACACCAUGACCAUGAGGGCUCAGUCUGAACCCCUCCUGCAUGUUCCUGACCUCCUGCUACUGAUGCAUCACUCUCUGCCCAUCUCUUUCUCUCAAGCUGUGUACUACCUAAGCUUGCCGUUGCAGUCUUGUAGAUGUGCUGUUGUGCUGUGUGCCUGUGUGUCAUCAUCACUUAGCUUGCAGAUAUGUGGAGUGAACUUUUACUACUACAUCCAGAUGUAAACUUUGGUGUUUACAUGAAGAUGCAAAUGCGAUAUGGUGAAAAAAUCAUCUGUCCUGUUCAUACCCUAAAUCGAAUCUACAAAACACUGUAGUGCUGUACCGCUUUACUAGCUUUGUGUGA